AUGUCAAACAAGACCAGCCCCUCUGAGGGAUUCACCCCGGAGCCUGCCAAUGACCUGGGGGAGAUCCACAACUGGACUGAACUGUUCUAUUUCUUCAACCACACUUUGCCUGAGUGCGAGAUAGACCUGAGUGAGGAUGCCAAGAGUGUGGUCCUCUUUGUCCUCUACCUGGCCAUCUUCGUGGUGGGGCUAGUGGAGAACCUCCUGGUCAUCUGUGUGCACUGGCGCUGCUGCUCAGGCCGCUCAGGGUUCGUGCGCCUCUACAUCCUCAACAUGGCCAUUGCCGACCUGGGUGUCGUCUUGACCCUGCCCGUGUGGAUGCUUGAGUUCACACUGGAAUACACCUGGCUCUGGGGCAGCUUCUCCUGCCGUUUUGCCCACUAUUUCUACUUUGUCAAUAUGUACAGCAGCAUCUUCUUUCUGUUGUGCCUCAGCGUAGACCGCUACAUCACUCUCUCCCAUGCCUCAUCCUCCUGGCAGCGCUCCCAACACCGAGUGCGUCGGGCCGUGUGCGCCUGUGUCUGGGUCCUCUCAGCCAUCUUGCCACUGCCCGAGGUGGCCCACAUCCAGCUGUUAGAGAGUGUAGAGCCCGUAUGCCUCUUCAUGGCGCCCUUGGAAAGCUACAACGUUGGAACCCUGGUGAUUUCACUCUCUACCACCAUCCUGGGCUUCCUGCUGCCCUUCCCUUUCAUCGCCAUCUUCAACGUUUUGACAGCCUGUCGGCUAUGGCGAACAGGUCAGCCCCAGGGCCGGCGUCACUCUAUAUUGGUAUCUGCCUACACAGCCACCUUCAUCAUCUGCUGGCUACCCUAUCAUGUGACUCUGCUACUGUUCACACUGCUUGGGACCCAUAUCUCCUUGCACUGUUACGUGGUCCACCUGCUCUACUUCUUCUAUGAUGUUGUCGACUGUUUCUCCCUCCUCCACUGCGUGAUCAAUCCCAUCCUUUACAAUUUUCUCAGCCGCAACUUCCGGGGCCAGCUGCUGAGCGCUGUGGUCCAUUACCUUCCCAAGGUCCAGGCCCGGGCAAGGAGGCAUGCUUCUUCCUCCUCUUCCUCCUCAACGCAGCACUCCAUUAUCAUCACCAAGGAGGGCAUCCAGCCCACUGCAGCGAGCCCCCAGAGUCCCCUGAACCUGAACUCCCAGGCGUCAAAUAUCUCUCCACUCUCUGCUCCUCCAUCUCUCCCAAUCAGUGAAGCAGAAAGCUAAAGUCUAGGUGAGAGAUGUGGAGGGGUUGGGGGGCAAGGGUC